AUGUCCUCCGAAAUAUGGAGCUAUAUGGAUGGCAACUACACAUGGAAUGACACUGACUCAUGGUAUGGUUCAUAUUCACCGCCCGACCCAGCGCCUCUUGAGAUUUGGCUGCCUACUGUCAUAGUAUAUACGGUCACCUUUAUAGUGGGACUCAUCGGCAACAUCCUCGUUCUCUUUGCUAUCCAGCGAUGUCGUCGUCUACGGAACGUCACUAACACUUUCCUGGCUAGCCUGGCAACAGCUGAUUUGAUCAUUAUCGUAAUAGUUAUACCGUUCCAGACACCGACUUAUUUCCAGCCAACUUGGGAACUCGGGGAAAUGAUGUGCAAACUAUUAUCCUACUUGACUCUACUUUCAAGUUCCUGUUCUGUCUUUAUGUUGACCGCUCUGAGCGUUGAAAGAUAUUUCGUUAUUGUGCACCCGCUGCUGGCUAAGUCUGUUAUUACCUUGGGUCGAGCACGUCGAAUCAUCAUCUCAGUGUGGGUCUCAGCAGUUAUAUACAGUUUUCCGCCGUUGUAUUAUAAGAAAGAAAGAACUUGGAAAUUCGACAAUUAUGAUGAAUUCCAAACUUGCGUGGUCUACUGGCCAAAUGACGCUUGGGCAAAGGCAUUCUCUCUUUACCUUCUUCUCGGCAUGUAUAUCAUGCCCUUGCUGGUCAUGACGUACUGCUACGCCAGAAUCAUUCACGAACUGUGGAUCAGUACGAAGCGAACGCAACAGCUGCAGAACAGAUACGGAUGCACAUUGCCGAGAAGAACUACAAGUAACGUAUCUAACGGUGUAACGAUGAAUGGAUUCCACGUGUCACAUACAUCCAUGUCAAGAACUCGUGAAUUGGGGGACGAAGAAUUGAAGAAAUGUAGCAACAUGAAUGUCAGGCCUAGAGUGGACCCUGAACAGGGGCGGAAACAGGUCAGAUAA